AUGACAGACAUACUAGAGCGAUUGGUACCCCAACAAGGCCAGGGAAUUGGACAACUGAACCAACUUGGAAACCAAGAAAUAGGGGAGGAUAGGGCUUUAGAGGGAUUUCAAAAGUUUUGCCCUCCUAAAUUUUCUGGGGGUCCUGACCCCGAUAUAGUUGAGAAUUGGUUGGAGAAUAUAAGGAAUAUAUUUGAUGCACUAGAUUAUUCCGAGGAGAGAGAAGUAAACUUUGCUGUGUUCCAACUUGAAGGACCGGCUCGAGCAUGGUGGAAUGUUAUAAGAAAUAAGUGGGAAAGGGAACAAACUCCGAGAAUUUGGAUGAAUUUUGUCCUAGAAUUUAAUGAAAAAUUCCUUCCACCACUAGUCCAAGAAAAGAGAGAGGAUGAUUUUAUAAAGCUUCGCCAAGGAACUUCAAGUGUGGCGGAAUAUGAAACUGAGUUUACGAAGUUGUCUAGGUUUGCCCCAGGAUUGGUAAUUACAGAGCGAAAGAGAAUAAGGCGGUUUAUUCAGGGACUCAAUAUAGAAAUUCAAGAUGGUCUCGCAGCGGCCCAAAUCGAAACGUUUAGUGAUGUCCUUGAGAAAGCCCAAAGGGUUGAGAUUUCAAAAGCCAAAUUAAGAGUUUUUCAAGUACGGAAAAGAGAUGCACCUAGUAGUAGUCACCCUGAGGCAUCUAGAAACACUGUACCACCACCUAAAGUUGGAAAAGGAGCUGGUGGGGUGAGACUACCACUUCCAUCUUCUUCUCAGAUGCAGCAACUAAAAGGAACUCCGUCACAAGGAACUCAAAUAAAAAGGGGUCAAUCAAGGGUGACGCCACAGGGAAGUCAAGCCAUGAGUUUUCAACCAAUCUGUGGAUACUGUGGAAAAGGAAACCACACCGAAAAUAACUGCUGGGUGAAGGAGCGAAAGUGUUUGCGUUGUGGGAGUGCAGACCAUCAGGUUAGCAACUGCCCAAGAAAACAACCACGAGAGAGUAAUAAUCGACAAGGAUAUGGAACUACUUCUGAACGAACUACUGAAGGAGGGAACCGACCACAAGUGCCAACUAGAACAUAUGCCUCUAUUGGUCGACAGACUCUGGGGUCGACCGAGGUAGUUUAA